AUGUCCGUAUUAAUUUCAGAAAGCAAUAGACAGCCAGUUUCCUUCGCUCUCACCAUGAAGGACUUCGAGGUAAAAGACGAGCCGCCUUCUGAAAUCUCGCAGGCCUAUGACUUCCUCUUCCUGUUUGAUAAAGCUUCCGGAAGUCCCAAGGUCAAUUACUUCAUGGUCGAUCCUCGUCAUCCGUCUCAAAUCUUUCCUAAGAUGAACGUCUUCACUAUGAACGCCGUCAAAGGCAUCUGCAGCUACCGCGUCGUCGUCCUCGACAACUGCAUUUACAUCCUGGGGGGUAAAGACUGGGAGACCGGCAAGCAUGUAGCUGAUGUCAGUAGGUUCAACCCCUCCACCAACGUCUGUGAAAAGUUAUCUCCCAUGAAGAGCCCUAGGUGUCGCUUCUCGGCGGAAGUGGUUGGCAGCCAUGUUUACGUUGUAGGCGGAGAGACUAAGAAAGGCCGUAUAACCGAUUCUGUUGAGCGCUACGACCCUAGCACAGACACCUGGAUUGAUGUAAAGGGGCUGCCACGCCCCCGGGCUGACCACGCCUCCUGCUCUGUAGGGGGUAAUUUGUAUGUCACAGGGGGCAUAAGCAACCUCAAGCACCAAAGCUCAAAUGUUUUCUGGAUGUACAACUCUGAUGACGACGUUUGGUCGGAGGUGUCGGAGGGUCUCGCUAUGCCCAAGGAGAGAGAGAAACAUAACAUGGUGCCGGUCAAUGGUUCCGCGAUCUUCAUACUUGGAGGACGUAGUUUCGACCAUGAGACGUUUAUGGAGAAGGACGAGGGCUCGGUCUGCCAAUACAGCCUGAUGCAGGAACCCGAUGCACGCCGGGGACCACCCUGGGAGCUCAGCCACGCCCCUCUCCCUCACACCAGGACGUACGCUGGAGCCGUAGCGCUUGGGAAGAACAUCUGGGUAUUCGGGGGUUUCAGUCACUCUGCAGCCAGUCAUGUUUCCCGGGUUGCCAUGUACGACUCACAUUCACGGCGAUGGCACGAGACGUUCUCCCUUCCUCCUGGCAACUUCACCAACGUGGAACUCUGUCGCCUCAGCAUCCCCGUACACAAUACGAGCUUCACCUUCCUCGACAAGUACAUCUGUAACAAAUGGGUGCUGUGGUGACGUCAUUUCCUGAAACCAAUUACUCAGGCGCAUCGGCGAAAAACGCGGAUGUGUGACUGACGGAUGCGUAACGUUUGACCUGACUCGCUGUGAUAACAUUGAAUGUUUCAGGGAGAUAAAACUGGUGAAAUGUACAUUACAACUGUUUACUAUGGACAUUAUUGGUCCAUUCAUACGGGGUAGUGAUGAUUAAAGGUAGUCGUCUCAUUUCAGAUGCUGCUUAUUUUACGACCACGUUGCUGUUUUGCGUUUCUCGAGUCACGGUUUUAUUACACUCAAGGUUUCACUGCAGAUAUGGAUUCCCAUUAGGACGGGUCACGUGUUUUUGGCUUUGUUUGAAAAGAUGCUUCAAGUUGGAUAUAUACCGAUAAAGAAAGAAAUGGGAACAGUUAAAUGAUUAGUGUAAUACUUGGUGUAACAUUACGUAAUAACUCCUAAGAAAACGAUGUAUACUUUGGCAAUGUAAGGAACACGUCACACGGUAACUUAACAGUCAGUGCUAUUUAAAAAUAAAUAUAAAUAGAUGAUAAGAGCAUUUGCAUCAAACAACUAUAAUUAGCUAUGCGAUGCAGAUUUUUCCAUCAGUAUGCACAAGAUGUGAGGUCUUGUUUCUCGUUAGCAAGUGAAAAUUUGAGAAUAUGUGACAGAUAUAUGCUAAUCGUAACAAGAGCACAUAAAGCUGUCAAAACAUUGAACAAGAAGUCGGUUUAGGGGUAGUGUCGCUUAAAGGAGGACAAUUUAGGAAACAUGUCGGGAUAAAUUUAGGAAACAUUCCUGUGAUAAAUUUAGGAAACAUUCUGUGAUAAAUUUAGGAAACAUCCUGUGAUAAAUAAUAUUUCAUGCGUGACCAAAUAUACUGUGAUUAGACACAUUGUGGUCUUCCCCAAGUACUGGUGGGUCAGUUACCUGUGAUAUCUGUGUUUAUACCACAUUUUGACGUGAUGUUUAUGUGCGUGAUGACGUGUCACCAGCUGUGAAACCGUAACAAUGUACCGCUCCCCUUGUCCUAUCCGACAUCUACAUGGAGUAUAUAUCCAUUAUUAACACCCUACCCUAAAGCAUAUUUCUGAAUUUCAAAUAUCACCCCUACCAUUCUCAUCACCUCAACUGUAGCGUCCUUACUACUCUCCUUUUAAGAGACAUGAUGGUCCUUGUCUAGAAAUUUGACCGUAUAUAUAUAAUUUCAUUUCGGGUACUACAUUUGAUACUAAUCCGAAAUCUAUGAUGCUUUUGGUACAAGUUGAGCGGCGCAUAGCUUGUUUUAACUGAAUGCUGCUCACACGAUUCUGGAAACGCCCGUUUUUGUGAAUGGCUGUUGU